UCGAGCAGUUCUUUCAAGCAGGUCUAGCACGAUCAGCAAAAAGUGAAGGCUGUAACGUAUAUACUGCAAUCGUUGUGCCUCUAAGACUAAUGUGUUAUCUUGUACUCGCCUAUCGUGCAGUUAUUGCAAGCUAGAUAUCAACUUUUCAAUGCUAAAUACAGUACAUUUUUGCAUGCAAUUAUCGAUUGCCGUCAGUUUACUAUCGGCUGGCGGUUAAUAACAAUCAUCUGUGUCAACUGUAUUGUUAGUGCUGAGAGCAGAUUUCAACAGUCAGCGAACCAUCAUAUGGUCUCAUAUGGACUGAAAAGAAUGACCGGUCUAGAAAAACAUUAAAGUAAGUGUUUUAGUUUUGAAUGACGUUUUAGCAUCAAGGACAAUAGUACCUUGUUUAGUACAGUUAUCGACAUUGGGCUUGUAUCGAGUUAGUGUUUGUGUAAUAGAAUCUCGGAUACAGCUAAAAUGUCGAACAAAAAAGUGCGGAAAGUUACAAGGACUGAUAGUGAUAUAGUGUGCGAAGAAGCGUCCAGGUUAACGGGUGAUCUGCAGGAUGAAGCUUCACCAGAAGAUGACGAUGGGAUGUGUGAAUAUCAUGAUAUGCCGCCUCCGCCGGAUGGCGGAUACGGCUGGGUGAUUGUGUUUGCGUCGUUUAUGUGUAACAUGAUAGUAGACGGUAUCGCAUAUACCUUCGGUGUGUUUCUAAACGAUUUCGUCCAGUACUUUGGUGAGGGCAAGGGUACGGUCGCAUGGGUGGGUAGUUUACUUAGUGGGAUGUACUUAAGCGCUGGUCCAGUGGUAUCGGCGCUUGCGAACAAAUAUGGCUGCCGAGCAGUCUGUAUAGCUGGUAGUAUAAUCUCCUGCGUGGCAUUUGCUCUGAGUACCUUAAGCACGAAUGUGACUAUGAUGAUGCUAACCUACGGUGUCAUGGGUGGUAUUGGGUUCGGUUUUAUCUAUCUGCCUGCGGUUGUGGCCGUUGGGUAUUAUUUCGAGACGAAACGUUCUUUAGCGACCGGUAUUGCUGUUUGCGGGUCCGGCUUUGGUACUUUCGCUUUUGCACCACUAGCCAACAUGCUGCUGGAGAACUUUGACUGGAAGAAUUCCACUUUGAUAUUAGCUGGACUAAUAUUGAAUUGUGCAGUAUUUGGUGCUAUGAUGAGGCCAUUAACGUAUCCAAAGGAAGAUAAGGUAAAACCUUUAAUGCAACGUAUGUACGAAGAAAAACGUAUGCAGAUGGAACGUGGCUCGAUUGGUGGUUCCUAUUUCAUGGUGCAGUUACCUGACGGUACAAUGGAGAAAAGACUGAAGGCUCCCCUAAACGCCGAUCCCGGUGUACAUUCGAGCCUGGCUCUAGAUCAGCUUGCCGCACAACAGAGUGGUAUGCAUGCUGUGGCCACGCUACCCACCAUUACCGAAUCCAAAGUUCAGGAGCAAAAUGGUUCCAGUAACUCUUCGUCAGAGUCCAGCCAAAUAGAAAUAAAGAAACCGUUGCAGCGAAAACGCACCGCCAAUUCCGAAUCCGAUGCCAACGAAUACGGGGCUAAUAAUUUGCCACGUAACGCUUCACAACCGGCAUUCACUAGUCAUCAAUCGGGUAUUCCGAAAAAUGGAUCCGUUCCUACGUUCGAUCGUGUUCGUAAACAUUCGACAGGUGAAAGAUUUAAGCCAUCCUUGGCUGCUAUCAAAGCAAGCUCUAGAGGUGAUGUUGGUAGUAAUGGAGAUGUACGUAAAACUAUGCAUUUAAAACUGUCACGCGGGUCUGUCACCAGCAGCAAAAAUAAUAACGCUGAAGAUUUAGAUGAAGGUAGCAGUUUCACCUCUAAGGCGUCCCUGAAAGCUGACCGACCAGUGAUGGUUCGUCCCCUGUCUCGCAAGGAUAUUUUUUACUCGGGAUCAGUUACCAACCUAAAAGAAUUUCAAUCACAAAAAUCGCUCACUAACUAUCGAAAUUCAGUUAUUUCGUUAACAAAGUUUGAACGUGAACAUAGAACCGAUGUUCGCGACGAUGUGGAGAAAGGCGCAGAACAAUAUGACCUGUGUCCUUGUCUGGUGCUACCGGAAUCGUUUAAGAAUGCAAUUGGAGCUAUGAUGGAUAUGAGUCUGCUCAAAGAUCCGGUGUUUAUGAUGAUUGGCAUUUCGAAUAUCUUCGGUAUGGCUGGAUUAUAUGUGCCAUUUGUAUAUUUAGUAGACGCAGCCGUGCUCGAUGGAAUUGAACAAAACUCUGCCUCCUUCCUCAUUUCCAUCAUCGGAAUCACAAAUACUGUUGGUAGGAUAGUGUGUGGAUACAUUGCCGAUUUCCCGAAAGUGGAUGCCCUGUUUCUGAAUAACAUUUGCCUUGUGAUAUCUACGUUCGCGGUUGCAUUAACACCGUUCUGCCAUAGCUAUGCAUCGUAUGUGGCGAUGGCUAUUGGUUUUGGUAUAGCAGUGGCUGGAUAUAUCUCGCUGACGUCAAUUAUUCUAGUGGAUCUAUUGGGACUGGAUAAACUCACGAAUGCGUUCGGGUUGCUGAUUCUGUUCAGAGGAGCGGCCACAAUCGUUGGUUCGCCGCUGGCCGGUGCACUGUACGAUGCCACGCAGACGUACUCAAUUCCGUUCUUCGUCGCCGGUGGUCUCUUUGGUCUGUCAGCUAUUUUCAGCUUUGCCGCUCCAGCCAUGAAAAGAUUCCGCAAACAGGACGAGGUGCCCGUGCACGUCGAGGUACUCACCCCGAUUGAUGAGGAACCCUCGGAAGAUCUCGGCGAUGACGACGACAAGCCUAUCACUAUGGUACCAAAAAUUGUCCAAACCGCUCCAAGUCCAUCCACGGAACAGCCCGUCAAUAUCACCUCAGCAAUCGCCAACGACGAACGGAAGCCGCUGGCAACCGUGAAUGGGAAUGCCAGCGAAAAGGAAAUCAGCCAGAUUGAGUCCGUACUGUAGUCUUCACCGAUCGCUAGCGUUCAAUCAUCUCUAACAAAACUAACUCUACGUAUAAUUGGUUUUGCACGCUCUUGUGCUUAGAAUUGUAUAUUUAAUAUUUAGGAUGAACGUGUUUUAAUUAUAUUAUUUUUAAUUGAAACCAAAACAGUGUCAUACAAUGAAACGUGUCUGUGUGUAUAACAACCAGAGUAUAUUAGAAACUAGCUGUUUGCAAAUGAAAUAAGGAGCGAUGUGUGAUUAUGAUGCAUACGAAAAUUUCCAAUGCGUUACAGACUUUUAUAUAUUUUUUUAAAUUUUCCGCUAAUAACCAGACAUGAAAAAUGAUGGCGAAUCAAUGCAGUUAGCUGGUUACACAUUUAAUCCGAUUUAAUCUAAACUCAAAUGGAAAACUAUAAGGCAGUUCAAUGGUCGAUCGAGCUAUGAAGGUAUAAUAUGAGUAUUAGUUGAUUCUAAGUGUAUAUAGAAGGUGUUAUGGAUAGAAGGAUAAAUGUAUGCUUGGUGAGAUUCGGAUUGAGAGUAUUGUAACAUGGUUCGAGCGGCACGCUCUAUUUACUUACUGGCAGAUUUGUGCCUCAAAGGUUGAGAGUUACUUUGUGAGGAGUAUUUUAAUAACACGCUAAAAGCUGCAAUGAUGAAAAUACUUACUUUCAACGCGUUAUUUCAAUACAAAAAUAAUCCACGAAUAGAUCAAAGCUCUAUAGAGCGAACAACCAUUUGAAUGAAGUUAGGUUAGGGCAAAGAUUUUAUCUCUGAAAGUUGUUAAAAGGCAAGAAACGAAUGUAGACAUUUGGCAUGAUAUCAUUACUGUAUUUCAAUUUGAUCUAUGAACCAUUCUAAAAUUGUUUUGAUAUUACAAUAGUAAUAACCUAUCGAGCAAAAACGAAGAUUAGUUUAUCUUAACUUUAAAGUAGAUGCUGCAACAAAUUUAGAAAUAAUAGCUAGUACUGCAAAUAACAAUGUAAUUCGCAAAAAAUUGCUGUACCCAUUUGCGCUCGUCGUGCAUUCCUCAAUAUGACGCCAUCGGUUUCUUCGUGGAUUCACAAGCUUUUAAACAAUAGAACUGCGAGCACGAACAUUGAAUGCCAUACAUGCUUGCAAGCUAUCGAACUCCAAGCCCGCAAAUGAAUUCACCUGUGAUUUAUAACAUUUCGUGAAAUCUUCGCACAAUUAUUAUUUCUAUAACUGGUUGUAUCAUCGAUUCGAAUAACACUAAUAAGCCAACAUUGCGCGACGAGCGACGUGACUAUCAGCUGUAGUUAUUAUUCCUUGAGCCAAUGUCGCAAUCCCCGACAAUGCUGACGUAUGCUGAAACAUACUAUUUGUUAAAAAGGAUAAAAUAUACCAAAAACAAAAUUAA